CCGCACGUGCGUGGUCCACCUCACGUCCACCAGCCAACACGACACUGUCGACCACCCGCCAUGGAUCCUCCCCGCGAUCGAGAUCAAGCUAGAAAGGAACAUGCCUUCCCACCAAUUCCUCGCUAUAAAUGGUUCCAAACAUCUGUCAUCGACCCGGCGCUGGUUGCGAUUCACUCCAAGCUCUACAACCCUCCCCCCAGUUCUAGUGCCUCGUCCUCCGACAGCGUCUUUACUAUGCCUCAUAAAACAAGCCAUAAUCGCAAUAGAAAUGUCCAACUACCCGCGAACGGGAUGCAUUCGAUCGCCCCUCCAGACUUUGUCUCGAUUACGGUGGGAGGAUCUAUGUCUUCUCCAAGGAGUAGCAGCCGUACUUUCGAAGUCCCAACGAUGCUGGUGUACAAACACACCAGCCUCAACCUCUCUGCCAGCGCCAUCGAGGAUAGCGACGCCGAUGACGACGAUGUUAACCCUUAUUCAUAUACAUUCGCUUACAAGCCCAUCUCACUAACUCUUCCCCAAGUAGCACCCUCCACCUUCCAGAACCUCGUCGACUUCAUGCACUCCAGCAUCUACUCCCUCAACACCUGCUCUUCCGACUACCACCCCCUCCAAUCCCACAUGCGCGCAUACCUUCUCGGCCUCUACGCGGGCGCUACCUGGUUCUCAAACGCUGCACUUCGCUCCAUCGUCAAAUUCCUCACGCCCCCCGAAGUAUGGAGAUGGAACAAUAGCAUCCAAACCCGACGCGUCUACUGCGAAGGAAUCGGUCUGGCCCCGUUCAGCUCCGACGACGUGGCCUUUGUGUGCACGACAGUCCAGGAGGGUGAUGCAGGUCAUCUACUAAGGGUCAUCAUGUUCGAUGCCGUAGCAGCAUGGUGCAAGCUCGGCGACGCAAUGGGAUUCGAGCGCGACUAUGUCGUUUCAUCCUCUAACCAGUUCGCUAACAAUCCUUGGGGGGACGCUCAAUCUUCUUCUCGGAGGAACCGCAAUAUUGCUUCGGCGUCCCCAGAACACAUCUCACUCAAUGAGAUCGCAUCAUCUCCUCCGCGUCAGCUUCCUGCAUCAAACCAUCUCUCGACCGAUACAAACACUCGGGAGAACGGCUCACCCGCAUCUCCGUCUCGCACACCCCGCCAACGCGAACAUGCGCUUUAUACCACUCUCUACGCUUCUAAUCCCGAUUUCCGCGCCCGCAUACUCAGCUCGUGUAAAGUCUCUGAUGCACGCCGCGGCGAGCUCCUACGCGUCGAAGAGGAUUACAUCAAGGGCAUCACCACGUACAAAGAGCACGAGGGAUUCGAUGAUCACGUGGGUACGACGGAGAAUUUACUUGGGGAUCGGGUCGGUCAUGGAUUGUCUGGUGGGAGGGGCCAAGCUUCGGGUACCAGGACGGAUAGCGGUGAGGAUGUGGUUGAAACGACUGAGAACGAGGAGAAUGUUGAGCCACUGCCGGUGGAGGAGAGUACAGAUAGUUUGGGGCCAGAUGUGUUUUGAGGCUGUCAAACAAAUCCUCUAUGUAUGCUGAGGCGAUGGAAUCGAUCUGGUUAUUAUACAAUACUGCUGUGAACUUUGUUUCCUGUAUAGUUUUCUGAAUGGGAGGUCCUGUUUGU